CAACAUCUGAACCUGGCCUCGAGAGUCGGCAGUUCCAGAUUGCUUCAUGUCGAAGAGCUUCUGAAGACGUUGGCACUUCGGCCCUGAAGCCGACUCUAUACUCCGGCCCUAUUUGGCUCGUUGCUCCAGCUCGCACCACGCGGAACGCCACAAAAUAUGGCGAACGAUGAUGAGUUCGAGGAUAGUAUAUUCGACAAUGUCAACGAAGCCGAACUAGCUGAGCUGGAGCGGCCAAAGAAACGUCGAAGGACAUCCAAAGGACCGCAGGACAACCGAGAUGAUGAUAGUAUCUUUGACGAUCUCGACGAGGCCGACCUCGCAGAGCUGGAGCGACCCACACAACGCCCGAGGACAUCUGCAGAAGUGCCAAACACCCAAGGCGGCCAAAGCCGCCUCGCGCUUGCUGAGCGCAUCCUGAAGGAACAGUUCGGCUUUCCCUGUUUUCGUCAUGAGCAAGCUGGUGCCGUCCAAAGCAUUCUCGCGGGAGACAAUGCGCUUGUCAUCUUCCCAACCGGUGCAGGCAAGUCCCUGUGCUAUCAGAUUCCUGCAAUUGCCUUUCCGGAGCUGGACAAAGUUGAUGGGCUUAGGGGACCAUCUACUGCUGGCGUCACGCUUGUUGUGUCACCGCUGAUCGCUCUAAUGACAGAUCAGGUCGAUGCCCUGAAAAAGCGCGGCCUCCCCGCCGAGAGCAUCGACUCAAGCAAGUCAUGGGAGGAUGUCCAGCGCAUCUACGCCAGCUUGCGGGAGUCGAAGUUGCGAAUUCUGUACUGCGCACCCGAACGGUUGAACAACGAGGGAUUCGUGGCAACCAUCGGGGAUAUUCCCGGAGGGAUUCGCUUGCUGGCCGUGGAUGAGGCCCACUGCGUCUCAGAAUGGGGUUACUCCUUCAGACCAGAGUAUCUGAAAGUUGCCCGCUUCGCCGACGAAGUCAAAGCUGAACGUGUUAUAUGUCUGACAGCCACUGCGACACCGAACGUCGCCAAGGACAUUUGCAAGGCUUUCAACGUCAAGGAGAGUUGCGUCUUCAAGACGUCCGUGUAUCGGCCCAACCUCGAGCUGCAUGCCAAGUCCAUCAGUGCUGGCUCCGUGCCGGCAGACUACUGGAUCAGACUUGUACUAGGGAUGCCGGAGGGCGACAAGGGAUUCAAGACGGAAAGUGACAAGAGAUUUGAAGAGUUGUUCGGUUUUCUUCGCAGCCAUCCCGGGCCGACGCUUGUCUACGUCGCACUGCAACAGCAGGCAGAAACACACGCCAACGUCCUCAAAAAGCACGGUUUCAACGCCGCAGCAUUUCAUGCCGGCAUGAAGACGGAAGAGAAACGAUUCGUUCAGGACGGUUUCAUGUCCGGUAAGAUUCAAAUUGUCUGCGCAACGAUUGCCUUUGGCAUGGGUAUCGACAAGCCAGACAUUCGCAACGUCGUCCACUGGGAUCUUGCCAACACUGUCGAAGAGUACAGCCAGCAGAUUGGCCGCGCAGGCAGAGACGGCAAGAAGAGCUAUUGCAUGUUCUACCUAGCGCCUAGCGCCUUUUACCUCCGGCAGAUCUUCGCCCGUGCGGAUCUGCCUUCACGACAGUCCCUCAAGGGCCUCAUUCUCGAUAUCCUCGGCCAAGCGCGCGAUCUCGGCGUACGGCAAGUCUUCAAGGUCAGCCACUAUCAACAGGAGCGAGAGUACGACAUCCGCGCAAGCCCGUUGUCGAUCAUCUACGCAACCCUCGAACUGCAUUUUGGGUUCUUCCGGGCCAUUACGCCGCAAUACACGACGUACAAGUUUGAGGCUAUGAAGUCGUACCACUACACGCUCAAGAAUGACAGCAGCAAGGAGGCGACGGCGAUUCUCUCAGGCGCCAAGAAGAAAGUCAAGUUCCACGACAUUGAUGUCAACGAGGUAGCUAGCCAGGCCUGUUUGACCAGAGACAAUAUCGUCAAGAAGCUCAAUCAGCUCAACGAGCGUGGCCAUGUCAAGUUGCAGACCAAAGGGCUGGAGCACAGAUACAUCAUCCUGAGGGAGCUGCCGAAGACGGAACCAGAGAUUGAGGCAGUGGUCGACAAGGUCUACGCCCAACUGCAGACGCGCGAGACGGAUGCCCUCAAUCGGGGACGGGAGGUGAUGGACCUGAUCACGGGCAACAGAUGCUUCGCCCGCGCGCUGGCCGAGCACUUUGGCAUGGGACUCCCUGGCGGCAAGCCAUCGUGCGGUCACUGCACGUACUGCUUCACCAAGCGGCCCGUGAAGCCGCCAGCACAGCCGCGAGAGGCCACGACGGCGGCGUCGAUCCAGCGUGUGCUGCAGGCGACCAAGGUGCGCGACGAUCCGCGCUUCCUGGCGCGGGUGGCAUAUGGCAUCAAGAGCCCGCGGGUCACAGAGUUGAAGCUGGACAAGUCGCCCGUCUUUCGGUCACUUGCUCACCAUGAUUUUGACGAUCUCUUGAGGGAGUUCACUAAAGCCUGCGACGCAGCACCGGCGACGAAACGGCAGGCAUGAGGGUUAAAGUGUUGAGCGUUUCGGAGUUCGAAUUGUAGGGUGAUGGAUGCCGGCACCCGAGAGUAACACAGGGACAUGGGAGUUGAGUUGGGCCUGGUGUGCUAACGGUGUUGGUUGGACUGGACGGGUUAAGAACACGGUGGAAGUUCUCCUGGUGAGUGGCGUCUCAAAGCAGGCCUUUUGUACGCUGCCACCUUUUACCUUUAUAUUGUUUGUAACGGCUAGAGUCGCAGGUAAUAUCUAGCAGACCUAUCCUGCAGCACUCUUGAUGAACUGUUCAACCAUCGCGCUACAAGAGCCUCCCGCCCCUGCAGA